AUUGCAGAAUGCAUUCGGACCCGCUGUUCACAUAAGAAGUCGCUAUUCGAUGUUUUCGACACGCAAGUCCGACUAGCAGGUUUUCGAAUCCAUGACUGAAGAGCGAAAUCGCAGAUGUACUGAUUGUAGCUCGGUGCCAUGGAGACUGUACUCUAGUCUCCAUGCUCGGUGUAAUGUGGGUGUCGUGAAAUAAGUUAGGUUAUGAAAAUCAACGGCGGCAGAAGCUAUUGAUGUGCACUACAUGUGAUUCGGAUACAAAAUAAGUGAAAAUACAUUAUACGGUGGUAAAAAGACGUGAGUACUGAGUUCUCCCAACAUAUCGCGCCAAAUGGCAGGUAAAGUGAUCGAUGCAAAGACGUGGACACAGUUGGAGUUGAGAGGACUCCUCGAAGACGAGGAUUCACACGUCUAUUUCGAACGAUCUAAAAAACACAUGGGACUCCAUCCGUUCCAUCUUAGUAAUUUGAACACUGCGCUGAAGGAAAUUUUGGGCUCUACGUUAAACUCCUACGAUGCAAAAUUAAAUGGAAUUAUUCUGUCUUACAAGAAUCCAAAAAUAUUAAAUAAAGUGGCAACAAUCCUGAACGACGCAUGCUUCAUUCACGUUGAUAUUGAAGCUGACUUCUACAUCUUCAGACCCAACAUUGGAGAUGAAUUAAAAGGCAUUGUCAACAAAAAGAGCCAAGAUCAUGUCGGCAUAUUACUGAAUAAAGUGUUCAAUGUGUCUAUACCAAGACCAGACGAAGAUGAAAAUUGGCCAGGUUUUUAUACCCAGAUAGGACAAGAAGUUAGAUUUACCAUAACGUAUCUGGAACUCAAAGGCAGAUUGCCAUAUAUUAGAGGUUCUAUGGAUGCUGAGAAUUAUUUGCGGAAUUGUAAGCCAUUGGACGAUACCUUUGAGGCUGUCGACGAAGAUGAUGAACCUGUAGCCAAGCCAAAUGCAAUAAAAUUUUCAUACAGUGACGAAGAGGGUGAAGAAGAUUCUAAUGAAUUUGUUGUCGAUCGUAAAAGCAGAGUAAAUAAAGUUAUUCACACGAAGGAUGAUAGUGAUAUUGACGAAAAAUUAUUGCCCAGAAAGCUGAAAGAGUUGCAAAAAGAUGACAGCGAGGAUGAAAUUCACGUGAAGAAGAUGGAGAAACACAAGGCUAAAACUAAUAUUUCAUUCCCAGAAAUUAAGCUUGAUUUGUAUGGGGAGGAUCCGAUCAAUGAGGACAGAGAUAUUGACGACGAAUUGUAUCCAAAAUCCAAAAUAUUGAAGAAAGAAACUAACAGAGAUGAAGUUCCUACGAAAAAGAAAAAGAGGAAUAAAGUUAAGAUGGAAGAAACUUCUGCAGACAUGGAGAAAAGUGUAAGGCAUAUUUCAGAAAACAGUGAUGUGGUUGAAGAAACUUUGCCUCCAAAAUCUAAGAAAUUGAAAAGAGAACAUAUCGAUGAUAAAACUUGUGUAAAAAAAAGUUUGAAAACUAAAGCCGAAGUUGAAGUAACAUAUUGCGAUAUUGAGUCAGAUAUGUAUGAGCGAAAUGCUUGUCAGAUGAAAACUGAAUCAGGCAACGAGCAAAGUACGAAAAUGCACAAAAUAAAAGCUGAAGUCUUAUCAUCUGAAGCAGAGUCUGAUGUAAAUAAAACAAAGCAAAGUGAACUGCCAAAUGAAAGAAGAAAAAAAAAACAUAAAGUGAAACUUGAAGUUUUUGCAUUGGAAAAUGAAUCCGAUAUAAGCAUGCCGAACGGACAUAUAAGAAUAGAGAAUGAUUUUGGCGAGAACAAGAGUAAGAAGAAACAUAAAAUCAAAACCGAAGCAAUAUCGUUAGAAACUUGAAGCUACAGCUUAAGGGGGCGCCCUGAUUGAUUUCGAUAUUGUAUGUAUCUCCAAUUAUCUAAUUACUGAAAUCCGCGUACCUUGAACGCGAAAACUGGGCUUAACAGCCCCAUUCUAUACACAACUCUGAACAAAAACACUCCAAUGCAUUUUAUUUGGUGCUGAAAUAAAAAUAUGGCACGAAUUCCACGAAUUUACAAUUUCGGUUUGUAGAAUCCGACUCAUUUCUUUAUUUCUGCGUCGAAUGAAAAUAUAUUGGCGUGUUUUUUUAUCACAAUUGUGUAUAGAAUAGCACUUUUCCGCAUUUAAUGUACGCGGACUUCGAUAUUUAGAGAUAUAUACGACAACGUCGAAAUCGACCAGGGCGCCGCUUAAUUAUUUACACAAAUUUCGGAUGUGAGAUGAAUAAAUCAGGAACACGCAAUAUGUAGCCAAAUAAUACGUGCAGUAUAGAAUUACAUAUGAUGAUUUUUCACGCAGUUUUAAGUACCCCUACGAGAAACAGAGUUUUAUUUGCAAAGGGUAAGAUCUGGAAGAAUUACAAACAAUCGCACGUGCACGGUUUUUAUUUUCUGUACGCUCAGAACCUGGUUACAGUAAUUCUUUGCCUUUGCCUAAUGUAUAUAUACGUGAAAAUUAUUUAAUAAAAAAAGAUUAAACGAUAAUUAAACAGAUAUAUUACACCUUUUCAAGUGUAUUUAUAUUCAUAUUUUAUACUAUACUUCCUAAUUCGUGUGAUACGAAACCCUUAAUCAAGUUUUCACACUUUGUGAAAACGACUUGUGAAAUCUUAUAUAGAAUAUAGUGAACUGUUGUAUCAUGCCGAAAAUUGUAAAUUAUCAUGCUUAUCUUUAAGUGACUAAUAUUGUAUUAUAAUCGUGAAAAUGACUGUACUUACUGAAUGAUAUCAGCCAAAUCUACAGAAUUUAGUACAAAAUUUAUUUUAAUAAUCUGAA